AUUCAGCACUAUUCAACCGAGAGCCAACAUGGCGACAGAACCUCGUCAGAUUCUAGCCUUUUCCCAUUGGUCAGUAGGCGGGGCCAGAGCAGCAACGCCAGCCAGCUGAUCGCUUUUUUUUUUCUAGCGCUAGAGUUGGUUUUUCUUAGCUCGGAGGGAGCAGCCUUGCAGAGAUUGGGGACUCUGCUGUUUUUUUUUUUAAUUGUUUGUUUUUCACAUCUUGCUUAUAAACAUCCGAGAAUUUGCUUUAAAGUUUAUUCCAUACGACAACAACUUAGGGCAGCCUGUAGUUUUUCAUUUUCAGCUCAUAUGUCAUUUGUAAUUAAGUUUGACGUUAUUCAAUUGCUCCUAAUUUCAAAACGUCUGCAUGAAAAGUUUCAUGGGAAAGGAAAACGGUAGAGCGUUGUGGAUAGCGCAUCCCGUCGAUAUGUUGUUUUUACUAGAAAACCAGGUCAGUGUCAUUGUUUGGACGGACUCAUCCUCCUCCUCCGUCGAACUGAUCCAGGCUGCGCUUCCCCCGUCUGUGCAGCUCGGUCUCACGGUUCUCUACACGGUUCUGUAUUCGCUGCUCUUCGUGUUUGUUUACCUGCAGCUCUGGUUGAUUCUGCACUACGGACACAAGCGCUUCAGCUACCAGAGUGUUUUUCUCUUUCUGUGUUUGCUGUGGUCGGCUUUGAGGACGACACUCUUCUCUUUUUACUUUAAAAAUGUUGUUCAAGCAAACCAGCUCCAGCCUUUGCCGUUCUGGCUCCUGUAUUGUUUUCCAGUCUGCCUGCAGUUCUUCACCCUGUGUCUGCUCAACCUUUAUUUUGCUCAGGUGAUUUUCAAAGCCAAAGCGAAAUAUUCCCCGGAACUCAACAAGUACAAGGUGCCCCUGCGUCUAGGAUUUCUGCUGGCUAGUGUUUUUUUCCUGGUGGUGAACGUGACGUGUGCCAUGCUGGUUCAGGGUGAUGUGGGUGAGAGUCAGGUGAAGGAUGCCGUUCUGGCACGAGUCCUGGUUAACGACAGCCUCUUUGUGCUCUGUGCGAUCUCACUCGCCAUCUGCAUCUUCAAGAUCGCUAAAAUGUCUUCUGCCAAUGUCUACCUGGAGUCAAAGGGGACAUCAGUAUGCCAGGCCACAGCCAUUGGGGCAGCAGUUAUCCUCCUCUACACCUCCAGAGCCUGUUAUAACCUGGUUGUGGUGGCUCUUUCUCCUGAAGAUCGGCCCAGCUCGUUUAAUUAUGGCUGGUACAAUGUAUCUGACCAGGCGGAUGCAGAGAAGAUCAAUGGGGAAGCCUAUGUGGUCUUUGGGAUCAUCCUGUUCUUCUGGGAGUUGCUGCCCACCAGUCUGGUGGUGGCGUUCUUCAGAGUGCAGCGGGCCAAUCAGAACCUGACACCGAGUGGCAUGAUCAACAGUCACAGCUUUAGUUCCAGGGCGUAUUUCUUUGACAACCCACGCCGAUAUGAUAGUGAUGAUGAUCUGUCUAGAAACACAACUUCUCGAGGAGAAAGAUGCAGCAGUGUCCUGUCAUCCACAUCGCAGACGGGCCCAAGUUGGUACGGCUCGAUCCAGAGGAACAGCAGCCUAACGGCGAUCCCUCACCUGCUGAAUGGCCCUCAAACAUCAACAGCCCCUCUUCUCUUUGCAUACGGCAACAUUCAGACCAACCAACACCACAAUUACUACUCCACCCCCCAGAACUACUACUCAACCUCCCAAACACACUACGCCACCCCUCAGAACUAAAGCAGAUCCUUCUGUGGAAUGAUCUAGUCUGAGGUUUGGCUCAGCCAGGACAUCAUCGAGCAAUGUUUUAUGGUUGUCUUCCCCCUCAGUCAAUUUAUCUGUCCACAUUGAUGCGGCAGGAAUUUAAAGGGACCAUAAGGUGAUUGGGGGGGGGUUUAUUUGGAACAAAUGGACCAGAUUUUUUCCAAUGUUCUCAUUUCUGAAAACCAUCCAUCCCAUCACUCAACAUUAGUGCAAUGAACUCCUCAGAGCCUUCAGCACAUGGACUCCCCUCUGUGAGUUGGGAUGUGCUUUUUGCACUUAUUGAGGAUCAGUUGGAGUAGUUGUAGGCCAGAAUGUGGUGUUGGUGGUGAGAUUUUUCCAUUUUUGGAGAGUACGCUUUUUAUAUUCCAUCGUUUCGGAGAAAGAGCACAAUCACUUAGUCCAUCUGAGACGAUCAAAUGAAAGCAUUCUGGAUCUGUCAGUACUAGGAUCCAACGUGCACUGAUGUUAACAUGUGACUCUUUCUUGAAUUCCUUUAUUACGUUGCCAAAGAGCCCGUGCUUAAAUCCAAGAUAGUACAUUUCCACGCUUCCCAAAGACAGAAAGGCACCUGGUUCCUACAAUCCCAGAACCGACGACUGAGAUAUAGUGUGAUAAGUGUGACGAGGAAGACUAACUCUACUUACAUCCUCUAAUAUUUUGGUACUUGGCUUUUAAAGGACAUUUUGGGCUUAUAUCAGUAGUCAAAAUCUAGUAUAUCAUUCUCCAGGGAUGCCUGAAAUGGUGCCAUCGUAUGAUUUCCUAGCUGAAAACAUGUUGCACAGAAUUAAUGUUUGUAUUGUACAUGUUUCAUAAGCUUUAUAUCAUCAUUCCUCUAUAUUUUUAUUUCAGGAGUGUGAUUGGUCAGCAAUUGAUGUCCCAUGUCCAGCUUAAAUGAAGUAGCCCUUUUCAUUUCCCUAUAAAAAGUAAUCGUUUUGUGUUUUAGCAACAACAACAAAAAAAACCUUUUUUUAUUUAAUCCCCUUAUUUGCUGCUCCAUAUGUUAUGAGCUGUGUACAAGGUAUCACAAUCAUUUGGCUGAAGCAAUCAUUAGUUGUGGUGUAAAUAUUAUAUUUGGCCAGCUGUGGGAUUGAAACUCAAUAUGCACCUGCUCUGUUAUUGGAUUUAUUUUUAAAAAUGUGUUUUAAAUUGCAUCUUGCAGGGUUUUGUGUAUGCUGUAUGAAAAAAGCGGAUGAUUUUAAUUGAUUUGGAUGUUUUAAGUCAGCCUCGUGUCUUAUAUCCUUCCUUUCUGCCAGCUAAUGUGUAGCAAAGCUUUUCAGUUAUGAGAGAUCUUGAGUGUUAAUUGAUGGAAAUGUUAUGCAUUUGAUUGGGUUCAUUUCUAGACAAACCGCAGACAGGAUGGGGCUGUGUAUGCAUCGGUUGGUUUGUUUUAUUUUUUUAUCUUUAUUAAUUUAUAAAUGUGAGUCUGGUCUGAAAAAUGUUACUGUGAAAUGUAUCAUAUCAACUCUUGAAUCUUGCAAAAGAGCAAAGCCUUUGUUUUUUGUUUGAGGCCAAUGAAUGUAACUCGUUUACUCAUGUUCAUAGUUCAUUAAAGAUGUACACAAGCACUACCAUAAAAAUAAUAAAGUUUUAUUGCACUGUUUUAAAAACAAGUUUUGUUUUGACCAGAGUCUGGGUGAUUUAUUAUAAGAACUCUACAGUAAAUUAAUGAUGUUUAUUGCAAAUAGAAACAAAAGUAAAAAUAGAAACUUUUUUUUUUUUAACAGUGUUUCUGUAUCUACAGGUUUUCCCUUCAACAUACCAGUGUUCAUUUCUCUUGAUAACUGUCUAACACAUCUGUAUUUCCGUUUCUUGGCUGAACUGCUGGCCACAAUUGAAUCUGUAGUGGUUGGAUCUCACAGUCUCAUGGAGCAGGUUAAAUUAGUCUGUGAAUCUUGCUUCUAUCUCUAAGAUCGUCAGCUGUAUAUUCAAUGUUUUGAAUGCUAAUAAUACUUGCUGUUCAUUCAUAUAAUUGCUGAAUUUAGGUUACGUCAAACCUAACACCCUAUGGCUCAGUUGGUAGAUUGUAGAACUAACAAGAUCAUGUGUUUUGAUUCCUAAGGAAUGCAUUUACUGAUCAAAUGUACACACCGAAUGCACUGGAAUGUUAAAUGAACAAAUGCAUAAAAGAAUGUAUGAAGGAAUGUAAAAAAAAAAAAAAAAAAAAACUCCCCAACACACUUUAG